ACCAGUUUUCAGCGCAGGAAUACAGUCGCGGUAUCGUUCAAGUGUCAAGCGGAAAGCAUUGAAAACGCACAGCACAGAUUUAAAGGAUCAUCAACGUAAAGAAGCAGAACUAGACGCAAAAUGAACACCGGAAUCUCGCUAAAUGAGCGCUUCACGCAAAUGCAGUCGCACCAGGCGCCGCAGGGACGCGGUCGCAGCCGCUCGAGGAGCAGGAGCCGCCGGAUCGUGGACAGCGGCGCCGGGAACCCCGGAGUGUCGGCGGCCAACUCCCGCCUGCUGCAGGAGUUCAAGCGGCGCCACACCGUCCAGACGGCCCUCAAACUGAAGCGCAGAAGCUUACGGACCAGCGGCGUGAGCGGACGCGGAGCCCGUGUCGGCGGCGUCAAGUCGCUGCGCCUGGCGCCCAACGGAAAGCCCAUGCGGUCCAACAACGUGACCCGGGUAGCAACGAUGCGUGCCGAUUUGGUGGCCAGUGGCAACGCAGCCCGCAAUCGCCGCAGCGGCAGCAGCACACGCCGAUUCCCCGCCUCCAACGGAGGUGGAGGAGGUGUCGGUGGUCUUCGUCAGCGGCUGGGACAGCGUCGUCCCUCGGUGGGCGGUGCCGCCGAGCGCGUUGAGCGCCGUCAGCGACAGCAGCAGCAGCAACAAGUCCCACGCGGGCGUUCCCGCUCGCGAUCCCGUUCGCGUCACCCACAACCGCAGCCACAGCGCGCCGACAGAGGUCGUUCCCAGAGCCGCGGACGCAGCGUAGGGCGUUCCCAGAGCCGCAAUCGCGAUCGCUCCGCCCAGGGACGCGUUCCGGUGAAACAGCGCCUGUCGGUCAAGCAUCGUCUGGGCGUGCGUGCCGGCCAGGGAAACAACCAGGCCAACAACAAGGCCAAGAACCCGCGUCAGCGCCGGGCAUCGAGCCAACUGAGAGGCGUGGCUGGCGGCAGGGUGGAGAAGCGUCGUAACGGCCAGGCUUCCCAAAAGAAGGGAGUCUCCGCCGCUCUCGCCGGACGCCAGGGACGACCACGCGGAAGAUCUGCUGCAAGGAACGCUGCUGCUGGCGGUGGGGCUGCCAACAAUUCUGCUCCCGCGCGUCGCUCACGGUCACGCAAUCGCGCCGCCGCCGUCGCUGCUGCCGCUGCCACCGCUACCGCUCAGGGCCGGGGCAAUCCUCGCCAGCGACGUGGACGCAGUGCGGGCGCUGCCAAGGGCAAUAACACUAGCAACAACAACAACAACAGAAAUGGUAAAACCAACAAAACCGGCAAGGGCAAGGCGGCAAACGCUGGCAAACAGGCCACGCAGCAACAGGCUCGCCGGGGACGCAGUCGUAGUCGUAAGCCUACAGGCAAGCCACAGCGCACGGAGGUGAAGCGCGAGGAUCUGGACAUGGAGCUGGAUCAGUACAUGUCCACCACGAAGUCCGAGAUGGACUACUUGCUGAAGUAAACCCAAGAUUGGACCAAAUUUAAGCCAUUAAGAGAAUGGAAUGAAGAGAAUAAAAGAAAGCUACCACCGGCUAUAGACAGACUACGUUUCUCUCAUCGCACUAAGUUACCGCCUAGUUCAUAGUUAUAUUUAAGCAUUAAAACACGCCCACGAAGCGCGUUUAAACAUAUUACUCGUGUACAUAUGGCAAGCUCUAAAACUUUAAGUAAAUCUGGCCGAGAAAUUUAUAGUUUAA